AACAAACAUUCAUAACCUGAUUACAUAUAUAUUAAACAUGUCUGAAAUAUCUGAAACACCAUUGGACACCAUUCUUCCACUUGAAGUUCUUGACAGAUCUAUUGGAAAGAAAAUCCAAGUCUUAAUGUCCAAUGACAAGGAAUUCCAUGGUACUUUAAUCGGAUUCGAUGAUUUCGUCAACAUGGUUUUAGAAAAUGUCCAAGAGUUCGAUAAUGCUAGUCCUUCCGGAAAGACUAUCAAGAAGAUGCUUUUGAACGGAGGACAAGUCUCCAUGUUGGUUCCUCAAAUAUAAAAAUAAAUACAAAUAAAAGUUUAACUUUUGAGAGUGGUGAAAUGAGAUGGAAAUGGAGGGGCUCUAAACUUUAGGGUAUUGAAUAGUCUCUACUAGAAUAGUUGAUCUCAUUAGGAUACAUUAGAGUCUGGAGUAUCGAUUAGCGAGGCUAUACGUCUCCUUGUAUAUUAUUAAGUAUGUGUUUUUUCUUUUUUAGAUGUAUAUAAAAAAAACAAUCAAAUGAAAGAUAUUAAGAUAUUAA